AUGCAAAUUCUGGAACAAAGGGACCCCGUUUUGGCAUCGGCAGGCCCUGAAAAUUUCCAGCAAUAUGAAAACACCUCGGCGUGCAAUAACAACAAAACCGAAGAAAUUCCACCAAGCUUCCCCGGAGUUUCUCAACUACUGCCGCAUUUAUAUUUGUGCGGUGCCAGUGUCCUCUCGCCGACUGUCAUAACAACGCUGGGCAUAAAUUUGGUGAUAAAUGUUGCUCCCGAACUACCCGACACCCCAUUGCCCAGCACCCUACCCAUUCUAUAUUUACGUAUCGAUAUUUCAGAUCGUCCCAAUGCUGAAUUGUCAAAACAUUUCGAUGAGGUUGCCGAUAUGAUUGAAGAGGUACGACAAAAUGGUGGCAAAACUUUGGUGCACUGUGUUGCCGGUGUCAGUCGUUCCGCUUCACUUUGUUUGGCCUAUUUAAUGAAACAUUGCCGAAUGACACUACGUGAAGCCUUUAUGCACAUUAAGGUAGUACGGCCACAAAUACGACCGAAUACAGGAUUUUUUGAACAGCUGCGUUGUUACGACGAACAAAUCCAUGGACGGCAAUCGGUAAAAAUGGUAUUUCUCGAAUGUUUACAGCGUGAAGUUCCCGAUGUUUAUGAAACGGAAUUUCGUCCCAUGGAGGAAUUCUAUCAGCGACAACGUUUGGCAAAUAAACGUAACCGUCAGCAGUCAGUGACCACCACAUAG